AUGUCGAGCAAAGCAACAUAUCGUCCUUUGAGGAACUUUACGAGAGUCGUCACUCUGCAGCCAGCCAAUGAAGACAAAUUCGGAAGGGAAUCGGCUAACCCGCCGCCGUCGAGUUGUACAAGUGCGCCCCUCACGGUGGAGACAAGCAUCCGUUGGCCCCAAAGUGCUCCGGCGGCUCCUUUCAAACUCAAGCACAUCCUCCUGACCUCUCACCGUCCCGGAGGCCCCAGGAAGCCCUCCGGCACCGGCGGCCUGGGUAACAUUGUCCCCGAACUGGCGGUGGAACCUUGCAACCUCAACUCAACACCGAGGCGUGGGACGGCUACCGUUGAACGCCCGACAACUUCUACGAAUACUCCGUUCACUUCGAGUAGUUGA